CAGUGCACAAAGUGUUCUUGCGCGCACCAACUGUGCGAUUUAUGCAAAAUCUCGCGCGUAACGUGGAUGUAUUGACGCAAGGAUUAAAAUACAGUAUAUCAGGACUAAUGAACCUCGCAAAUCAAACUACUGAUCCUCAAAGUGAUGUUUUCUUUGUUAACUUCAAUCAGGAUUGCACAUCUUUGGCUGUAGGAUCGAAAACAGGCUAUAAACUUUUCUCUUUGAAUUCUGUCGACCAUUUGGAAAAAAUAUAUGAAAAUGAUACUGAAGACAUAUGCAUUGUUGAACGACUAUUCAGCAGUAGCCUUGUGGCAAUGGUCAGUUUAUCAUCACCUCGUAAACUCAAAGUUUGUCACUUUAGAAAAGGAACUGAAAUUUGCCACUACAGCUAUUCGAAUACCAUCUUGGCUGUGAAACUCAAUAGAGCAAGAUUAGUAGUAUGUCUGGAAGAGUCGUUAUAUAUUCAUAAUAUAAGAGAUAUGAAGGUGCUACAUACAAUUCGGGACACUCCACCCAAUUUAGCAGGUCUGUGUACGCUAUCGAUAAACAGCGAUAAUUGUUAUUUAGCCUAUCCAGGCUCAAAUACUAUCGGAGAAGUUCAAAUAUUUGAUGCGAUUAAUCUUCAAGCUAAAACUAUGAUUCCUGCACAUGACAGUCCAUUGGCAGCGCUUGCAUUUAGUCCUAAUGGUACCAAAGUAGCUACUGCUUCCGAGAAGGGUACUGUAAUUAGAGUUUUUCAUGUUCAUGAUGGUACAAAACUGUUUGAGUUUCGUCGUGGAGUUAAACGAUGCGUAUCUAUAAGCAGUCUUGCUUUUAGUAUGGAUUCUAUGUUUCUUUGUUGCUCGAGUAAUACAGAGACAGUGCAUAUAUUCAAAUUGGAAGAACCAAAGGAAGCACAAGCUACAGAAGAGUCACAAACUUGGAUGGGAUAUUUAACAAAGGCUGUGUCUGCGUCAGCAAAUUAUUUACCUUCGCAAGUUACUGACGUAUUUAAUCAAGGACGUGCCUUUGCCAGUGUCCAUUUGCCAUUUCAAGGAUUGAAGAAUGUAUGUGCCAUCACAGUAGUACAUCAAGUGCUUAGGUUGCUGGUGGCUAGUGCCGAUGGAUAUUUGUAUGUUUAUAAUUUGGAUACAACGGAAGGUGGAGAUUGUACACUUCUAAAGCAGCAUAGAUUAGACGGCAAACGUGAUGAAGUAGAUUGCGCUAGCGUAUCCACAGCGGGGUCAGGGUCUGGAGAAACUCCUGCAGCAACUAGUGCACGAAUAGUACAAAAUGCAGCCUGCAUAAAUAGCUACGCGGGUGUGUUACGCGGACGUUCGCCAGACUCCAUGUCAGAUUCAGAGAAGUAUCACGAGAUGAUUGCAGCGACUGAAAGUCCCCCAAGAUAUUCGGGUCCGUUCCGUUUGAAAGACGACGCGGAGUUUCCACCUGUUACGCAAAGGACGGAUUGAGUGUAUUAAUUCCAGCAUAUCAGAAAAAUUUCACAGGAAGAUAAAUUAGUCUACGGCAGUGAUCGAAAUUCGACAAGCACUGUGUACAAGCCGACGCUCUAUGUUUAUGGUCAUGACGAAGGUUACAGCGUCGGUAAAACGACAAACUGAUUCCCGACGUGAAUGUUACGAGAGAACAAGUUAAGGAGCAUGUAUCAGUUAUGUAAUUAAUUCCGGAAAUUAU